AUGGACACCUUCUCAGAUGAUGGCUUCGACGAGCUGAACGCCAACGCCCUGCAGGAGCUCGAGAGCCAGGCCAUCCAGUUCACCCAAGCCCAGAAGAAGUACGAGCUGUCGCAAGAAGAGUUAGACUGCGACUUUGAAGACGACGAUCUCGACGAUGCCGUUGUCCACGAUGAGUUGCGCGGUGGCGGCAAAUCCGUUCUCCCACCCGAAAAGCCCGCAGAGUUGCCUUCAAGAAUACUGCCCCAGCAAGCAUCACGGCCGCAACAUAAUGGCUGGGGCCCUGUGCCCAUUCCAGCAAGCCACUUUCGACCCUCCCAAUCACCACGUUACAGCCAGAUCCGACCCCCUCCGCCCCUCCCUCGCCCGGCCCCGCGAUACCAGCCAUCACAGGUGCAGCAGCGGCCGCUCGAACCUCCCAAUCGCGACCAAGAACUUUUGCUGGCUCAAAUCCAAGAACUACAGUCGCGGCUCAAUACCAAGGAUGGCGAGAUACAGAUUGUGCGGAAGCGCCUCGAAAAGGAUCGCCAGGACCACGAUCGCGAACUCCAGACAAUACGCAAGCAGACUGCGGAACAACUUGCCAAGAAUGAGCGCCUGGUGGAGGCGGCCAAGGUAGCAGAGCGUACGGCGGCUACAGAGCUUGAGUUCACUAAACGCGAUCUGAAAGAUGAAUUAGACCGUGCGAAGCGGAGGGAGAAAGAUGGCGGGACUCCUAAAAGGAACGCAGCUGCCAAAACCUGGGGGGUUUCGGAUGGAUUUGAAGAUGUCGAGAUGGCCGGAAGUCCUAGUAAAGGUAAUAGGGGUAAACCCCCUGGCGCCGUUGCCAGCGUUGUUUCGGAGCCUCCUGCAAGGUUGACAAGAACUCCGACUAAGGGAAAGAGGAAACGGCCUGCGGUAGACAGCCCGGUCAUGGCACUGGAAACAACCGAGGAUGUACUUAUGCUCGACGAUGUUGGCACAGCUGAGGAAAUUGCCCAGUCUUAUUCUAUCGGGGCGUCGCUGAAGUCUCUACCAUUCGAUUUUCUGAGGGUCAUCCUGAACCAUAGCACGGCGUACGGACGACCACUGACGUUCGAGUACCUUGCUAGCUUUGCUCUGCCUUCGACACCAGGUCAGAGCCUGGCCUCGCUCCUGUUCCACAGAUUAGCUGUCAUCGGUGACCCUAGUGAUCCCAUGCGGAUUCCUAUAGAAUUUUGUGAAGCGAUCAUCGCCUUAUUGCACAAGUGCCAUGAAGAGGGCUGCCUCGAACCCAUCACCGAACUCAUAUCGCUUGUGUCUUUUACUCUGCAACUCAACACUGUUGCAAUCGUUCCUCACAUCGCACAGUCCCUCCUCGCAAUUGGGCAGGACAUUGCCUUUGAAGUUGCGAUCCCUCGCUUUCACAACCACGACCUCAGCAAAUACAACCAUGCCAACGGCAAGAAUUGGGCAGCUCAUAUAUCUACCACGGGCAUUUUGUCGGUUCUCUACCUGACAGCACUAGGUUGCGCAAUAUCGUCACCAGUUGGUGGUGCUUUGUCGCCACCCAUAGUUGACUAUUGGAGCUCCGUCCAUCUCGAAUAUGUCUUGAUCAACUUGAGUCAUAACCAGCUCUUACCCGACUUCCUCGCCAUGCUGAAACUUCUCUGCACGUCCGUAUUUGAAGAAACGGUUGGCUCCAUUACACACAAAAACAAAACGGCCGAGGAGGUAGCCAGUCCUGUGAUUGACCGCGUCAGCAUCUACCUGAUCGAAACACCCAAAUGGGAUAUUAGCAAAGAGGAGCUUCAAGGUGUCAGAAGCACAAUAUUGCGAACGCUUGCUGCCUUUGCAAAAUCAAAAGUCGGAAUGUCCCAGCUCAAGGGGCAUGACUCUGCCGUGCCUCGUCUGGCCAUCUUUUUGUACCAUUUGAUCGAUGACCUUUAUGACGGGGAGACGAAAACGAUGUACGCUUUCUCGCCCACAAUUCACCCCGAAGAGGCCGGCGAAGCGCAGGCACAGGCAACCCCAACAGAUGAGCUGCGGACUCUUAUCAGCCACACCAUGUUGCUGCUGCAUACUAUCAUUACAGACAAGUCGGACGAGACCCCCGUGAACCUGCAGUCGAAACUGGCGAAGAUCACGGGAGGAACUCAGAAGUAUCUGCUUAGCCUGGCUAGACUCAAUUUCGCCGAUUCAGAAGAGGACCUUCUCGGGGUCAACGAGGAGACGGCUGACCUGGCUCAUGAGCUGCUGGAACUGGCCGUCACCGAAGAGGAUGGUGCCGAGCUUGGAGUCUUCUUUGGGGGAUGA